CUCGCGCCGCCAUAGUUCUUUAUUUUUCUCUCGUUUUCGGCUUUAAGGCGUUUUUUCUUCUUUUCUUUAUUUUCUUUUUCUUGUUGGAUUUGUCUCAUAGCGGGAGGAUGGCGCUUCUGUCCUGUGCUUUUCUCCUUCAUCUGUCCAUCAUGAGCCGCUAACUGGAGUCCGGACUUUCUCUCUCUCUCUCUCUCUCUCUCUCUCUCUCUCUCUCUCUCUCUCUCUCUCUCUCACUUACACACAUUUUGGUAGUGUCCAGUGGAAUAAUCGCAGGAUGCCAAGGCAUUAGUCUCGGAGGAGUUUAUUGUUGAAAAAGGACCGACUCUCUACCUCAGCGCCAAAACCAACGAGCGGCCAUGUCAAACAUAAACAGUGGGCUCUGCAUUGAGAGCGGCGCUAACGCAGAUGUGUCUCUGUUACAAAAGGAUGCCCUUCAGGAAGCCGGAUUAAACCAGCUGUUGGAUUACAACGCAGAAAUUGAACGUUAUCGCUCUUUUGCAAACUUUUACAAAACAAAUGGAGCAUUUCCACAGAGUGCCAAGAUCGCCCGCAUCACCACACCCAUCUUCCCCAGUGCACGGAUCGGUGUAUCGCCGUGGAACUGUGACAAUGCUGUGCUCUGGGGACGCAAGUCAGCACCAAUCCACCCAAACAGAACCAGGAGCGACUCGUCUCAGCGGCCCGGGAAACCCGAGACCUUGCAGAUGGCAAACAGUAACUUCCUGUCUACGUUAUCAUCGGAGCACUGCAGGCCGUUAGCGGGGGACUGCGUCAACAAGCUGAAGUGCGGCGGUGGUGCUGAAGCGGAAAUAAUAAACCCGACAUUCUCUGCACUCCCAGCUCUGGGGGGCAUUUCUUUACCUCCCGGGGUCAUCGUUAUGACAGCACUGCACUCUCCUGCCUCUGCAUCUGCCGUCACAGACAGCGCCUUUCAGAUCGCCAACCUGGCAGACUGCCAGCAGCAUAACAGUAAUCACAGUAAUCACAUUUCUUCUCCUGUGUCCGGAGGAAACGCCGCCAAAAAAAAGAGGAAGCGCUGUGGAGUGUGCGCCCCCUGCAGGCGGCUCAUUAACUGCGGUGUCUGUAGCAGCUGCCGAAACCGCAAGACUGGACACCAGAUCUGCAAAUUCCGCAAAUGUGAAGAGCUGAAGAAGAAACCAGGCUCAUCACUUGAGAGGACGCCGGUGAGCAGCGGAGAGGCGUUUCGAUGGUUCUUCUAGUGCCAAAGAAACACAGCAUCAUGCCACAUUACUCAAUAACAGACUCAAAAAAGUGGAUUUAGAAGCUCCAGAACAUGGAACUGAAACCAAACCUCACCUGAACAACAACAAAAAUCACAGAAACAAGAGACAGAAAGAAGGAAAAGAGACGAGAGAGAGAGGGAGAGGGAGAGGGAGGGUGGACAAGAGAAGGUUUAACUAUGUAAUUUGAUUAUUUCUUGUGUAAUUAGCAACAUUUUCAUUGUCUCUGCGUGUUCAGUGUCGUAGCUGAUCAAGCUACGUAUGCUAAGUUAUAGACAAUCAGCACCUGGAAUAAACCAUGCAAUUGGAAUAUACAAUUUACCUGGAAUAUACCAUUCACACAGAGGAUGGUGUGAUCAUGCUGAAUGUCUUGGAGCUGUGAGUCGAGGUGACUGAAGGACAUUCAACAACAGGAGGUCAUCUAUGAAGCUAGAAUAAACCACUCCUGAAGAGAUUGGGGAGGAUCAGAUACAAUCUGUCUGUCUGUUCAUCUGUCUAUCUGUCCUUCUAUCUUCUCUAUCUGUCUCUGUCCAUCUCUCUGUGUGCACAUCCUUGCAUCUCUCCAUCCAUCUUUCUACCUAUGAUUGGAAUAAACCAGUUCUGAUCAGAGGUAGAGGAUGAUCAUUCAUGAUCUACUUAAAGCAUCCCACUAUUGUCAUUUGACCUUAUCGAAUGAGUGUAAUGAUGUCAUAUAUAUGAUAUCACACACAGAUACGAUCAGUCGCCUCGACAAACUGCUGUCGGACGAUACAGAAGGAGGAAAUGCGAUUGUACGCCAGACCUGCAGCAAUAAUCAGAAAACGAAAUUCUUCAGAGUUUCAGUUGAUUUUACGCACCGGGAUGAGAGACACAGCCAAUAACAGUUCUGUACUUUUUCCUUUAAUUUUUCAUUGUUCUGAUGUUAUGCAGGGCAUAUUGUCUUGCUAACAACGUGUUGUAAUUUUUAAUUUGUGAUGUGAAAUGUCUUGAUUUUUGGAAAAACACUGGAUACUUGAUUGUUUUGGGUGAAAUUAAUUAGUAACAAUGUGCUGUACAGGAGUAAAGGAAGGCUGUGUAUUUAUUAUGUAUUUCUCUGCCCAGGGAUCCUCACUUUGAAGUUAAUUAGCAGCUAAAGUUUCAUCUAUUCUGAGAUGAAGUUAGCAAAAUGGGUUACAAAAUGAAAUAAAAUUAAAUUGAAUAGUAAUUUUUAUUAAAGUUAUUAGUGUAGAAACUAAACGUCUAGCUCAUUUAUUGCUUUAUAGAUCAAGGUCUUGUUACACAGAGUAGCUAGACGUUCACAACUAAUCACCUGACUUGCAAUACCUGGGCAGAAUACUUUAUAAUUACACACAGUUUCUCUGAACUUCUGUAGGUUUGAGGCACAAGUGAAUCAAUUAAAGUUACAUUUCUAAAUUGCUAAAAUAUCUACUAGCUCUCACCACCAAGUGUAAUGAAGAGAGAAAAAGAAAACAGUAACUCUAGAGCUUAAAUUUCCUCUCAGAAUCUCUGCCAGAUCAGCUCAUUAUAGCUAGCUGGCUAAUGUUAGCACUUAAUGUUACGACCUUUUAUCAUGAUUUAAAAAUUCCUCAAAGAAAUUCUGUCAGAUUAUUUUGUGUUUCCAAGCUGGCUAAAGUUAAAAGAUAUUUAUGAAUGAUUUAAAAGGUUAAACUUGUCUGGUAUAACAGAUCAGAUCUGUAUUCACGUAAACCCCAGAAACUAAAAUUAUGGUGUUAAAAACGUGACCAAUGUAUCUCGCUAGUGCUAAUGCUAGCUCUAAUGCCCUGCUGUUGCAUGUGUAUCUGUGUUUUGGGUUUAAAGAUUACUGAGUUUGUAUAUUGUCGUUGUGAUGCUUUUAUGUGUUCAAAUGAAAGGAAA